CCAAUUAUAAUGAGAAUUUAUUUACUGACAGCAGCCUUAUUAUUACUUUAUGCAACACUCGUCUAUGCUGACUACAAAUAUAUUUUGGGUCUGAAGUCAGAUGCAACAGACGAAGAAUACAAGACAGCCAGAAAGAACAUUGAGUCUAUGGGAGGCAAAGUGACUUACGAGUUUCAUUCGACUAUGAAAGCUUUUGCAUUUAUAGUACCAGAUAACACUAUUGCAACUAAAGAGCAACCAGCUUUUGUUGACUUUCUUGAAGAAGACAAGACAGUUCAUAUUUAUGACAAGUAAAACUAAUGCCAAGACAUACUAAAUAAAUCAUAUAUUUCUCUUCAUUUUUUAUAAAUUAAACAGCAUAUUCAAAGGAACCCAUUUGACCAAAUGAAUAAGCUAUCUAUAUUAUUGUAAUAAUAAAGACACUGUAUAAAGUUGAGGUUGAUGGGUAUUAAAAGUGUCUAGAACCAUUGCACUAUCACUCAUAUGAACAAAACUCAAAUCUUGGCAUAACCUAGUGUUGCAAAGAACGGCCUACAAUCUAAGAAAGUCUAUUUGGAUGUCAACCGUGCUUUCAUUAAGGAUGCUUCCAUGCUUACAUUGAUAUGACAAUACGCAUUACUCUUAUUCGCUAACAAAGAGUACCAUAUUCCUACAAGUGGAUAAGACAUGUUUAGCUUGCUAAAAGAUGCCAAUAGUCUUGAAGCAGCGUUAUUACUGAUCAAAGCAAAUAAAAGGCG